CGUCACGGUACGCCAUCGAAGACUAUCAGAUCAUUACAACACACAAAGUUCCCUCCAUCGAGGUGGUCGUCGACAGUAUCUCAGUUCAAUUCCGUGUUUCAGAUUGACAAGACUAAAUACCACGAACGGUGGUUCUUGGAUAUUGAAGACUACCCGCCGAAUACUUAGUGUUGGGGUUGGCAUUGACCACUGCCCCUUAUUGUUAUUGUUGUUACUAUUACUCUCGACUUUCAGGGAAGGUGCGAUCUUACCUUGAAGUUACCUUGGACUUACAUAUUGUACUGCUGUUCUUGUACACUCCAACAUUUGCACCUGCUCUCAAUACAAUCUGUGGUUUUGUGCUGUAUAGCCAUCGAAAACAAAGCGAAUUCGCAACAGAGUAAAGUGUUACGGCAAUCAUGUAUGCAAGCCAGAUUCCAGCCUGAUAGGCACUGCCCCAAUAGCUGAUCACACCCAGGAACCGCAACAUGUCCAUCCGCGGCCGGAGGAAUUCGGUGCCCUCGCGGGCCCGAUUCAGCUUCUCGACCCUGCGCGGCCACCAGCAGCCCGAGACGAGUCGGCGACUGAACCAGCUCAUCAAGAACGAGAACACGGCCAUCAGCGCCCAUGAGAAAGCCGGCCGCGAGCGGGUCUCGAUCGCCAACCAGCUGUCGGACUGGGGCGAGUGGACGGAGGACGACGCCGUCUCGGACAUCACCGAUAAACUGGCCGUCCUGAUGGCCGAGAUGGGCGAGCAGGAGGACAACUUCGCCCAGUACCUCGAGGAGUAUCGCAUCGUCCUGAAGCAUAUUCGGGACACGGAGAACUCGGUGCAGCCGUCGCGGGACCAGCGCGCCAAGAUCGCGGAUGAGAUCCAGAAGCUGAAGUGGAAGGAGCCGCAUAGUAACAAAAUCAACAUUCUGGAGCAGGAGCUCGUUAGAGCCGAGGCGCAGAAUUUGGUGGCGGAGGCGCAGUUGACUAAUGUGACGAGGUCGAAGUUCAAGGAAGCAUAUGAUAUACAUCUCGCGGCUGUCAUCGAGCGGGGAGAGAAGCAGAUUCUGCUCGCCCGUCAUGCACGUCGUUUGCUCAACCACCUGGAUGAUACUCCUGUCGUGCCCGGGGAUUCUCCUCACGAGUAUGACCAAACUGCGGCCACGAGACAGGUCAUUGAGGAUGCGGAGAACGAACUUCGCGCGUGGGAGAGCAGCGCCGAGCCCAUUCAUUCUUCGGCUGGGGAUGUCCCUGACAGCACGCUGCUGCCAAGGUCUGGCCGUAGGGUUCGUGACUCGCAAGGUGCCUAUGCAGUCGAGACCACAGCCUCGGACUCUGUGCGAGACGUGAAUGGUUCCGCCGAAGGAUCAUACGCUCACGGCACUGGGGCGAACGAAUAUGCCCGCGAUACCCCAGCGGAGCCAUAUGUGGAGGGCAACGACCCUGGAGCGUACACUGAUAGAUCCCAUCGGGAGUCAUCUGCCAACGGCACUGAUCAUGAGCGCUACGUCGAGGGUGCGGGUUCUGAGCUGUAUGCUGACAGCUCCGCGCCAGAGCCGACGGCCACCCGUGCUGAAGAAGAACACUACACCAACAGUGCAGCUCAAGACCCAGCCGUCCUCACUGGAACUGAGGCGCAGUCUAGUAAUAUGCCCGAUAUAGAAGAUAAGUACACCGGCAAGAAUGUCCUGGGACAGACUGCCAACGGGGCUGUUCCAGAGACCGUUAACAAGACCGGAGAAGAGCUGCCGCGGGCAUCAGAGGACUUGCAGUCCUUCAAUAAUCCCCGUGGCUCAGAGGUGCCAUAUGUGUCAAGCCCUACCCCGGCGCAUCCAAUUGCUGUUCCGAUUUGAGACCUGCCUGUUCUUGUUCGAUUUUGGUUUUGGGCCUUGUAUUUGUAUGUCUUUAUGUGUCGUUCUCGCUACGAUGAAAUAAAUUAGGGGUUCAGGUCAGGUCACCGAACCAGGAGAAGGAAGAUCUGAACAUAGCUUGUGUUUAGUUAGUAGGGU